UCGUUUAUUUUCGCAUUAAUUCUUAAGCUUUUCUCUAUUAAUUUCCACAUUUUAAGCCGAAAAAUGUCAAUGAAAACUACUCAAGAAAUCAAUAAAGAAGACGAGGAGCUAUGCAACGAGUCGAAAAAGUUUAUGGACGUUUAUUACGAUGUGAUGGACCGAAAACGCGAGAAAAUCGGAUUUCUCUACACACAAGUGUCAAAUGCCGUCUGGAACGGGAAUCCCAUCAACGGAUUCAUGAAAGCUCUUCCAAGUACACAACACGAUAUUCAAUCUCUUGAUGCACAACGUCUUCCGGAAGGUGUUACUGGUGAUAUGUCGGGCGGUAUGCUUCUCAAUGUGGCCGGAGCUGUAACUGUGGACGGCGAUUCGAAGCGAGCUUUCACUCAAACGCUUCUUCUCGGCGUUGAAGACGGAAAAUACAAGGUGAAAAGCGACCGCUUCCGUUACGUGGACUAAACGUGUUUCCCGGAUGUUUCCCUGAUCUGUGCCUAUUUAAUUCGAUUUAUUUUAUUUAUAUUGUUGCAUAUCUUGUCCUGUUACUCAAUGAAUCUUCAUCACUUCA